AUGCAUGCCUGGGGCCACUCUGUUCCUCUGCUGCAGUCUCUGCCCCUGCUCUCUUGCUGUGAUUUAUACCUUUACCUUUUCCUUUCGUCUUUCCUCAUAGGCAAGAAGCGAAACCCUGGCCUGAAAAUUCCCAAAGAAGCAUUCGAACAACCUCAGACCAGUUCCACGCCACCUCGAGAUUUAGACUCCAAAGCUUGCAUUUCUAUUGGAAAUCAGAACUUUGAGGUGAAGGCAGAUGAUCUGGAGCCUAUAGUGGAGCUGGGACGAGGUGCCUAUGGGGUGGUGGAGAAGAUGCGGCAUGUGCCCAGUGGGCAGAUCAUGGCAGUGAAG